UCGACUUCCUCCACUGCGACCGCCAACACCACCGACCCCUCUGAUACUCCUCCAACGACCAUUAACACCAACGCGUCCACGCCGCUGGUAUCGUCGCCUCCUACGCCCACGGUCUCGAUUUCCUCUCCAGACGACCAUCUACCACGACGCAUCAAAUCAAAAUCGUCCCUACGGAGUAUACGGAGUUUCGGGAGCAGCCAUAACGAAGACGAAGCUGAUGAUAGUUCCGACGCUGGACUAGAUAAAAACCUCGUCCGUCCGUCUAUCCUUCGUCGCUUAUCUCCUGGGCUAGCGGCUCGCGUGAAGCUACUAGACGGUAGUAACGCCAAAGUCACAACCCCUUCCCGUGUCCCAGGGGCUGUUGGUCGGAUUCCGGAGGAGCAGCUCAAGGAGCUCGACAACCUUCACCAGGAGCGGUCCAUUAAAAUCGAGAGGAAAGGUCGCAGUUGGAAUGUUUUACAGGGUUUAAAUAAAGAAAAGGGGCAGCAAGGCGCUUCCGAUCACCUGGAAGUGCUGGAAUCAGACUGGGACAGGGAAAUACCGGUUGAACAUAUUCAACAGCAAGAACCAGAGUCAGAACCAGAACCAGCGCCAGAGCCAGAGCUAGAGUCACAGCCACAACAACAGCAACAACAAGAAGAACCAGAGCCAGAACCAGAACAACAGUCAGCACAGGCCUCACCGACAGUUGUAGACAGGGUCGAAUCACUUGCAGAUUUGGGCGGGGAUCACAUUGAAGUUACACCUGUGGAUACGGGUGAGGUGGCUUCUCCGCACGAAACCCCUGCAUCUGAAGUACAAGAGGUCGAAGGUGCUACAGCGGCCAUGUCGGCCGUUUCGCUUGCUCCGACACCAUUGGCCCCUGAGCCAGAACAGGUUUUAAACACAGAAAAUCCAAGUGAUUUCGAAAAAUAUGUCCAAAGCACCACUGAAGACGACGAAGAGCAUCCCCCGCCCCCACCUCCUAAGGACUCUCCACCUCCCCCGUCCAGUGCGACAUCGUCACAGUCUUACUUCAAUCCAAGGGGUCUCCAACGCACGGAAUCAAUAUAUUCAUUCUCGCGAGCCUCUUUCAGCAAUCAACUCUCUCAACUCACAUCCAUCUCCCUUCCUCAACCUUCAUCACUGGAAGCCAGUAUCUCUGGGAUAUCGAAUGCUCCGGCAGCUGUCAAGGCUCUUACAAGCGCAGCCGAACAGAUUCAAAUAUGGAUUCGAAAAGCAACCGAUGUAUUAGGUGGAUUGGAUGCCGAGGAUGAUGUGGAGUGGGCAGCAGCUGGCGGACGAGAAGGUUUGGACGGUGUAGAUAAUGCCAUCGCAAGAUUUGAGAGCCUGGUUAAUGUCUACGUGAAAGCUAUCGAGGAUGUGCAGCUACGGGAUGAUAUUGGAAAUGUCAGCACGGACAGUCUGAACACUAUCGUCAUCCAAAUGGAGAGCAUUUUGCGCAACUGGGUACAUAUCAAAGGCAGCCUUAAGGGCGUCAAGGGGCAAGUAGAACUUGCGAUGGAGUGGGAAGAGCUGUGGGGUACCGUGUUAGGAGACGUCGGGUUGGAAGCUGACAGCCUUGGUCGACUGAUUUUCGAAAUGGAAGAAAAGCGGCACUGGUCCAUGUCGGCGGAGCAAGAGUCAAGCAAUGGACUUGAUAUCAACGAGCUGGAGACGAUCGUGGAAGAAACCCCAUCGAACGGACAUAUGGCUUCGAAUAAACGAUUCAGCGUGGGCCCCAUUUUUGCAACACCGACACUGGACACGCCUAUAAUUCAAACCCCCCAGGAUGACUCCAGCCACUCCAAUCUUAUGGCUUUGUUUGCCCGUAUGCAACCUCUCAGAGCGUCUUUGGAUUUCUUGCCGAUGAGGAUGUCCAUGUUUCAGGCGCGGGCCGAAUCGAUCUUUCCGAGCGCUUGUCAAGAAUUGGAGGAACGGCGAAGUGGGUUGGAGAAAAGCUACAAGGCUCUCGAGACCGACGCAGAAUCCUUGCGCAAAGAACUCAGUGAGGACCGAUGGAUCCUUGUGUUCCGCAAUGCAGGUGGUCAGGCACAGAAGAUGUUUGAAUCCGUGGAACGAAGCAUCUCUAAACUCCAGGAAGGGUUAGAGACCGGUGCUCAUCUGAACAACCCUGCCGGGUUAACCAAGCGUAUCGAGAGCUACGAAGCUAAGAAGCUGCAUUACGUGCCUGCCAUUGAGCGUGUGGUUACUAUCAUCCAAAAGGGUGUAGAUGAUCGGCUGACGGUCAACGGCGAGACGCUUAGGUUACUAUCUGACAUGAUGUCGAGAACCGAUGCGCUGAAAGCAAGCAUCAGAGUGAUGGACUCAUCGCUGGACGAUAUGAGUUUUGUCAGGGGUCAGCACUUGCGCGACUCCAUCUCAAGCAUUGUCACCAUGGACAGUCCGGCCACAACCAGUGUCCCCGAUACGCCGGGGAGUUCUCCUGCUUCGUCGGUAGUCAUGACACCUGCCAACGGCCUCAAAGGAUCAGCGACACCUAUGGGAACCUCCAGCCGCCGGGCUAGCUCCGUAGGCAGCUCAACCGCCCGGGCAGCUAUGUCCAAGGUGCGAAGAUACUCAGGCUUGCCUCAGGCCGCGGCGACCCUGACGAACAGGAAAUCCUCAAUCCCCAAACCUUUGAGUGGGACGCCGUCCCCAACCAAAAACCGUGCAGUGACACCUACGCCAGCUUCCCGGAGGAUGUCACGCGUUCCGCAAUCUCCAAUCCCUAAUCGCCCACGAUGGAACGGUAGCACGAACACCAACGACUUGCAAGUCGGCCAUCUCUCCAGGCCUUCAAUGUCAAACCUAUCUCAGCACCGCAAGUCGUCUGCGCCAGGUCACAUAUCGCGGCCGUCAUCGACUCUCCCGUUGCCCAACCCUUUCCGUCGGGACCAAUCCGUCUCUCCCGCUCCACCAGCGGCAAGGUCUGCUAGUCGAGUAUCCAGCAGACUUGCAUCCCGUAGCCCCGCACCUGCACGGAUGGCAUCGCCGACGCCGACCCGUUCGAUUCUUGAUCCGCCUCCGUACAGUAAGCUCCGGAAACCGCCAGUUCCGACAGGCAUGUCAAAUGCGCCUCGCAACCGAUCAAGCUUUGCUGGCACAAGCUUUAGUCGAAGCGUGUCGCACAAUCAAGAUACCGGAAUGAUGAGUCCUCAGAAGACUGAACGGCCGGGCACUUCGCUUGGCCAUUCGGCGAACCGGCGCAUCAGCUUGCUUCCUUUGCCCAAGGGCCGAUCCGGCCGGGACAGCGCUGCGGGAAGCCGUCCG